CAAUAGAACACAAAAAGAUACAAAUAGAAUUGUAAGAUUUUGAUGGAAGCUCUGAACAUCAAAGUCCUAAUAACUGAUCUAGUUAUCUCGUUUUUGUGAGUCUGGUCUGGGGCCCAGAGAUUCAAAUGACAUCCCCAGCAGACCUGGCCAUUACGGAGGUCUGCAACACAAGGCAGUCUACACUCACUAAACGGUGAAUUAGAGAAAUAAAGCCAGACUCAAGUCGUCACUCAGUAACAGCUGUCAAGUCAAAAUGGAACAAUAAAUUUCAUUAUCACUCACAACUGACAUUUAUUUGGUGCUAAUUGAUUUUUUAAAGAGGAUGCUGAAAACAAAAGAAUCUGAUUAAAUGCUCUUUAAGGAAUGCUGACAAUGCAGCUGGUGACCUCUCUGUUUCUCCUGUGUCUCCCAGUCUUAAAGGCAAAGCCAGGAAACAUGAUCAUCAGGAAGGGGGAGUACUGCUCUGGCCCCCCAGGUAUGCCAGGGGCUCCAGGCUUACCGGGGCACAACGGGGCCAAUGGUCUUCCAGGAGAGAGGGGCCCAAAGGGGGAAAGGGGAGACUCUGGACAGCCAGGGAUCCAAGGUGUGCAGGGCUUGAUGGGACCACAAGGUAAAAUGGGUGAUAGAGGCAGACGAGGGAAGAAGGGGGAUAAAGGAGAGAAAGGACAGAGGGGAGAGUUAGGCAGAGUAGGGCCAGAAGGAAGACUUGGACCCAAAGGGCAGAAAGGUGAGCCUUCAGUCCUGCCCCCUUCUGUUGCCUUCUCUGCGAGUCGGACCUCUCCCCUGGGGCCGGUGAGGGAGGACACCAUCAUCACCUACGACCAGGUUUUCUUAAACUUGGGGGAAUCCUUUGACAUCUUUUCCUCUCAUUUUGUUUGCAAAGUCAAUGGAACUUAUCUGUUUAUAGCACAUGUUCUGGGGAUGCUGGACAAUGAUGCGUAUGCUUGGAUCAUGUUUAAUGGGCAGCCCAUGGUGCCGAUGCACGGGGAUCAUCGGGCAGGUUACGGAACAGGAAGUAACACAUUAAUAAUACAUCUGGUUAGUGACGAUCAUGUGUGGGUGCAGCUAAUGAAGAACUCCUCCUUGUUAAACGACUAUUCUACCUUUUCUGGCUAUUUAAUUUACAAGGAUGGUUGAUGUGCUAAUCCCUUAAAUUGUUUGUUUCACUGAAAGUCACUGUUUAUUGUUAGUUUUGCUGUAGAUUACCAUAUCUACCUGAGUAUUUUAUAAUCAUGUAAUUUUGUUAGAAACAACACCUGCCAAAUUAAAUAACUUGCUUUCAUUUAUAUAUUACCUGUUAUACAAGUAAAAUAACUAUCAACAGUUUACUCAUA